GCAGCCUUCCUCGUAUCAGAGACAAGUAGCCACCAUCCUCCCCUGUCAAAAGAAAAAAAGAAAUAUUUCAUGUAUAAUAGAAAUUCUUCAGAAGACGGCAUCAAAUACCGUAUUUAAAUGAGAUUAGGUCGACAGAGAGGAGGGGGAAGAGGAGGAGAUGGUGCGGAAGGCGAAGGUAGAGUUCGAUGAGAGGCCACCGGACGACUUCGAUCCGAGCAACCCGUACGGGGAUCCGGUGGCGAUGCUGGAGUACAGGGAGCAUCUGGUGAGGGAGAAGUGGAUUCAGAUCGAGACGGCCAAGAUCAUCCGCGAGCGCCUCCGCUGGUGCUACCGCAUCGAGGGCGUCAACCACCUCCAGAAGUGCCGCCACCUCGUCCAGCAGUACCUCGAUGCUACCCGCGGCGUCGGCUGGGGCAAGGACGCCCGCCCCCCCGAUCUCCACGGUCCCAAGAAGGAUUCUGAGUAGGUCCGUUUGGGGCAUUUGAGGUGAUCAGUCUCGGUAAAUUAAAAGUGAGGGAGCUAAGUUUCCAGUGCCUACUCAUCGUUAGCUGGUUUGCUUUUGUUCAAAUUAUGCACCUGUAGUCCCUCAGCAGGGGUCAAUUCUUGUUUUUCAAUAAUGAACAUCAUGGAGAAUAUACAGCGUUCUCUCAUAUACCAUUGUUCCCUGAUGUUUAACAAUGAGGUACUCAGACGAAGGUUGCUUUAUA